AUGGCGUCCUAUCACAGAGUUCUCAGUGUCUUCGACAGAUCUGUCAAAGACAAGAACCUAGAAUGCAAUUGCGACAUACACUCCUGGGAAAUCCAGAUCAAUGGCCAGCGCUGGUUCGGCAAGAUCCGCCUGAUCGGCUUCGUCGACGUCUUCUUCCUCAUCUGCUACUCGACCCACGACCGCUUCGAGCACGGCAUCAUCAUCUACAAGGAGGACGACGUCAUCCGUGACACGCUCAUCAGAGCCGAAGUGGACCCCAGAUGGCCGCAGCUCGAGCUGGACUACGUGAACAAGAAGGAGGUCGAGAAAAACCCUGAAGCGCCCAGGAAGUACUUCAGCUUCGAGGACAACCCGUCCAAGCUCGACUACGUCAUCACCAGCCUCGGCCACGAAGUCGACCUGCGCACCGACUACGCGUCGUCGGAGUUGAAGAAGUACAAGAUCGAGUUGCGGAGAACGAGCAACCCGCAUAUGCAUGGGCCGAUUCGGAGGGGGAUCACGCAGCAUUCGGUGCUGGAGCUGGUGCAUGACGCUAUGCGUUACGGUAUCAUUUCAAAUGGGGAGAUGACGGCGGAAUUCUUGGGACGGAUCAUGGGGGGCUCGCAUGCCGAGGAUACGAUGAGGAAAUGGGCGACUGCUUUCAGCGGCGGCGGCGGCAACUAG